GACUUCAACAUGCGCUCCCGCAGCAGCAGCCUGGAGGACAUCAGCAAAGUCAAGUUAGCCAAAGAGCAAGCGGACACUCAGUCGCAAAACUCAGAGCGGGAGGAGCCCUCAGGACGGACGGAACGGCGCAGUCGCCAUCGGGAGCCGCCAGACGACACCGACACCAUCCAACGGAACCACAAGGCGACUAAGAAUGGCAGGAGUGGCGCUGAAAAGGUGGGCCGGAGGGAGAAGGGAAGGGACCUUUCCCGCGACGACAUGGUCUUCCUGCUGAGUUUACUGGAGGGAGAGCUGCAGGCCAGGGAUGAAGUGAUCACUGUGCUGAAGGCGGACAAAGUUGAUGUUGCCCUUCUGGAAGCCAAAUACGGCUUCGUCGUGCCGCAAAAAGUCCUGCAGGCUCUGCAACGCGACGCCAUUCAGGACAAAGCUGAUGGCCUCCAGGAAGACAUCUAUGAGCAACCCAUGGUGGAGCUGGACAAGCUGGUGGAGAAGCAGAGGGAGACGUACCGCCGAAUGUUGGAGCAGCUGCUGAUGGUAGAGCAGGCCCACAAGCAGGCCCUGUACAAGAUGGCCGACGAGAAGCGCAACCACGGCGAUUUCAUGAAGAAGAGUGACGAAUUCACCAACCUGCUGGAGCAGGAGCGUGAGAGGUUGAAGCUACUAAUUGAUCAGGAAAAGGCCUACCAAGAACGCAAGGACCAAGAGAACACCAAAAAGGUCACAGGUUUAAAAGAAGAGCUCACAAAGGUCAAGUCCUUUGCAUUGAUCGUUGUGGAUGAGCAGCAGCGUCUCACAGAGCAGCUGAAUAAACAGACAGCCAAGGUCCAGCAGCUGAGCACAAGCACUUCCCAGACUCAGGAAGAGCUGAGCUUGGCCACUCACCACCUGCAGGAAGAACAGCAGAAGGUGUGUCGCCUGGAGGCAGAGUUGCGUGAUUGUAUCAGUCGACACCAUCAAGAGCAGGAGGCCAUGACGGCCAAGCUGACCAGUGAGGAUGCACAGAAUCGGCAGCUGCGUCAGAAGUUGUCGACUCUCAGCAGGCAGCUUGACGAGCUGGAGGAAACCAACAAGACACUGCGAAGGGCUGAGGAGGAGCUGCAGGAGCUGAGAGACAAAAUAAGCCAAGGAGGAUGCGGAAACGCCACCCUCAUGUCUGAGCUGGAAGAGCUGCGGAAAAGAGUGCUUGAAAUGGAGGGAAAGGAUGAGGAACUGAUUCGAAUGGAGGACCACUGCAGGGACUUAAACAAAAAACUAGAAAAAGAGACUAGUCAGAGUCACAGUUUGAAGGCUGAGGUGGAUAAACUUAAUCACAGAAUUAUGGACUUGGAAAAAUUGGAAGGCGCGUUUAGCAAGAGUAAACAGGAGUGCAGCUCGUUAAAAACUAACCUCGAGCAGGAAAAGACAGUGUCAAGGGCUCUUUCCAGUGAGCUGGAUGCCUUGAAAGCUCAAGUUCAAGAACUAGAGUCUGCUGAGGGUCAGCUUGCAAAAACAGAGUUGACACUGAAAGAAGACCUCACUAAGUUAAAAACAUUGACGGUCAUGCUGGUGGAUGAGAGGAGGGCCAUGGCAGAAAAACUCAAGCAGAUGGAAAACAAAGUACAAAACAGCACCGGCAAACUUCAAGCAGAACAGGAUAAAGUUACAUCGGUCACAGAGAAGCUCAUUGAGGAAAGCAAGAAAGCCUUGAGGUCAAAGUCUGAGCUGGAAGAAAAGAUGUAUGGUGCCAAGAAGGAGAGGGACGACUUGAAGGCCCAACUGAAAGCUGAGGAGCAGAAAAGCAACGAUUUAGACUCAAAGAUCAAUGUUAUGAAAAAAAGGUUGCAGUCGCUAGAAAACAUAGAAAGAGAUUACCUUAGAAGCAAAGUCAAAGAAGAGCUUGUUAAAACACCCAAAGUAAACUGCUUCCACCAGGAGGACAACAAAGUCAAAGACUUGACCCAGGAGGUUGAGCGUCUUCGAUGCAAACUGAAAGAUAUGAGGGUUGCAGAAGGAGACCUGUUAAAAACAGAUGAGCUUGAAUCGUUGGAAAAUAAAUUAACUAAUGAGCAAGAAAAAACUAAGGCUUUGGAGGAGGAGCUGGAAAUAUCCAGAAAUGAGGUUUCCAAGUACCAACUAGCUGAACAAAACGAGUCCAACCAUGAGGGUAUGUUGUUCAAACGUCUGAAGGAUGAGGAGGCAAGGUCAAGUCAUUUGGCACAAGAGGUUUCCGCUCUCAAAGAGAAGAUCCAUGAAUACAUGGGACAAGAGGAGUCCAUAUGCCGCAUGAAAACAGACCAUGCCACCCUGCGAAGAAAGUUGACCCAACAGGAAGUCCGAAACAAAGAACUAGCCAGGGAGAUGGAUACGUUAACACGAGAGCUUGAAAGAUAUCGAAGAUUUAGCAAAAGUCUACGCCCUGGCAUGAACGGAAGGCGUUUCUCCGAUUUGCAUGUUGCCACCAAAGAGGUACAGACUGAACCUCUUGAUAUCACAUCUCCCAACUGCAAGUCCACAGUGUUACUAGACGGUCCUUUGCUGAACGGUAAGCUGUGUGACGAGAGCGGACAUGAGGACAACAUGAUCUACAAUCAUAAGGAAGAGAAAAAUGUCCCCUCCCUAAAGAACAAUGUCAAUAACCUCAAUAACAACAUGAGAGGAAUGCCGUUUUUCAAAUCAAAAGAGGCCCCUCACCUCCUGAACGGAAAACUGUCACCACGGCCGCAUGGUAACCACGCCCAGACAGGGGACGUGGUGUUGACCCACAGUCCAGGUCAGCCGCUUCACAUUAAAGUGACUCCCGAGCAUGGAAACAACAUGGCAACACUGGAGAUAGCCAACACCACUGCAGAGAACACGACCUCUUUCACCAGCACGGCUGUCAUACCCACAAAAGGCGGCCCACCCAAAAAGAGAAUCACCAUAAUCCAGAACGCAGCCAUUUCCCCAACUGCAAAAUGUAAAAGUUCCCCGAUUUCGGACGAGACUCGCUCACCUGACAGGAUGCUUUCUCCUCUUACAAUGGCAACAUACUCCAGAGCGCUCACUCCUGACUCGAGUGGCUCUUUGACCCCAGACAGAGCCAUGUCCCCAAUCCAAAUAGUUUCUGUCACAACAGGAACCCCUGACCGCACCUACUCUGCAAAACCGGUUGAGGUCGUUGGAGGGCACUCCGUAUUCCGCGUGACCCCCGAGCGCCAGAAUGGUUGGCAGGUGCAGCGGUCCAACAGCUCUGGGACAAAUAUCAUCACCACGGAGGACAAUAAAAUCCACAUUCACUUAGGUAGCCCCUUCAUGCAGAGUGUCGGUGCACCAGCAUUGCAAGAGCUGAGGUCGGCCAAAGGCAGCACUGUUACGGCUAAAGGCAACAGUAAAGUCACUAGUAGCAUCAUGAUUAAGCCCACCUCCACCCAAACCCACCGACCAUCACAGAUUACAAUACCUCUAGAAACAUUCCGACGCCCGGGCCCGACGCGGAUCCCCAAACCGAAGGGCUCCACUUCCCUGAAAGGGACGGGCACCAACUGGGCGUCGCAGAACAGGAGCGGGUCACCGCACGGCCCGAUAAACCCGGUCAAAGACCCGGCCGGGCACACGCCUGCGGCACACGGCAACAACAAUCCAAACCUCUCCAACCGCCGACUCUGAAGUGACAGAGAGAGAACACGGAUGUAUCACAGCAUGCAUUAUCUGAUUUAGGUCACUUAGCGACGGUAGAAAUCAGAGUGAUAGAAAUUAAGCUACUUGCUAAUAGGAAAUUCUGAGAAUUUGCAUUUAUUUUUAUCAGUUACAAAUCUCAAGUUUCGAGACGGAACUUGAAUUUUUUUUAUUAAGGUAAGUUGCAAUAAUGUACAUAAAUGUGUCAAACGGAUGAAUGUAGCUGCCUCGCACUGCUCAUUUCUUCU